AUGGAGAUAGAUUUCGCUGAGCAACAUGAUCGACUGUUCGCAGAAGCAAAGCAAAGUGGAGAUCACUCGGCUGUUACAUCUCAUUAUUACUCUGUAAUGUCUGCUGUAAUCGACGAAUAUUUUGGAGGCAACUUCCAUUUCGCUCCACCAAGGAAAACAAGUAUGACAUUGGAAGAAGCUCUUGCAGAUUUACAUAGGAAAAUUGGUGAGCGACUAGGGUUGAAGGAAGGCAAAUCAUGCGCGGAUAUAGGAUGUGGCAUAGGCAAUUCCGAAUUUCAUAGACUUGGAAUUCAGUCCAAAUGUCGCUUGAUAGAGGGUGACUGUUAUAACAUGCCACUGGAAGAUAAUUCGAAAGAUGCUGCUUACGCAGUCUAUUCCCUCAAAUAUUUUCGCGAGUUGGAUUCUGUGAUGAAAGAGGUAUCGCGUAUAUUGAAACCUGGUGGAAAAUUUUUGGUAUAUGAUUUGAUUAAAACUGAUAAAUAUGACAAAAAGGACCCAUCGCAUGUAGAGAUCAUUGAAGGGCUAGAGUAUGCUUGUGGUAUGCCAUCACUACACACUUGUGAAGAGCUUCUGAGUGCAGCAAGUAGGCAUGGUCUUCUGUUAGAUGAAAAAGAAGAUCUUUCCCUUACAAAUGGUAGUCCAUUCCAUUUCUGUUUCUCGCAUUCACCUCUCUUCAUGUGGCUAGUCGAAAGUGCAAUGAUCAGUGAGUAGCU